AUGGCUGCAGCCAUUGUUUCCCAAGUUCAGAGCCAGCUGGUUUCAUUCGCCACUGAAGAGGUUAAGAAACGUGGGAAGCUUGUCAUAGACGCAGAGAAAGAUGUCCAGAAGCUCAUAUCCACUUUCACCGCCAUCGAAGCUCUGCUGUUGGAUGCAGAGGAGAAGCAAUUGAAGAACGAAAGCAUCCGAGACUGGCUGAAGAAGCUCAAGGACGUGUCCUGUGAGAUCGAUGAUGUGCUGGAUGAGUGGAGAACCGAGGUCCUCAAGCGUCGGCUCGAGGGAGAUGAUGAUGCUGCCGGCGGCUGUUUGGAGUUGAAGCUGAUUCAGAUCGCUGAUGUUCUGAAACGAGUAUGCCCUUUUCUCCCUACUUAUUGUUUCUCCAUUGACGAAAUUGGUCUUCGUUAUGAUAUUGGCUCGAGGAUAAAAGAUUUGAAUGAACGUCUAGAAGAUAUAGAUAAGGAGAAAAAAUGGCACAAUUUAACUCCCAAGAAGACGGCUUCAUACUCAAGUAUGCCAACUAGUUCCGUUAUCGAUUUCUCUAGCAUGAAAGUCAGACUAGGGGAGUUCAAAAUAUUGCAGGGCAAGUUAUUGGAUGAUGGAAAUGAUCAAUUGGGUGUGAGAAGUAUCUCUAUCCAAGGCCUCGGUGGAUUUGGGAAGACCACAUUGGCCAAAAUGCUAUACAAUGAUAAGAAAGUGGAGGAUCAUUUCAGCAAAAGGGUAUGGGUCUGUGUUUCUGCGAAUUUUGUUCAAGAAACAGUCGCGAAAGCCAUACUUGAAUCUUUCAACCAAUCUGCUCCAAAAGACAGUUCAUUAUCAUACAUGUUGGAACAGAUCAAGUCGCUUAUGGAGGUCAAGAAGUUUCUUCUAGUUCUUGAUGAUGUGUGGGAAGAUAGUCGAAGCAAGUGGGAAGAACUAAUAAGUUCCGUUUCUCACGGAUUACCUGGAAGCAAAAUAUUGGUGACUACACGAAAAGAGGGUGUUUCUCACGUGUUUCGUUGUAUCAAGAAAGAUAUUUUUCCUUUACCAAAUAUAUCUGAUGGUGAAUGUCUGACUAUUUUCACACAAAUUGCAUUUUAUGGAUGGAGCGACGAGGAGAGAGAACGUGUAGAAGAUCUAUGUGAGAGAGUAGUAGAAAAGUGUUCUGGUUCACCCCUUGCAGCAAAAGUUUUGGGAGGGGUACUACAUGUGAAAAAGUCUAAAAGGGACGGGAUUCAGCUUUUGGGAAGUGAAAUGUGGCAGAUAGAGAAAGGUCGAGAUGAAGUUCUUGCUCCUCUAGCUUUGAGUUACUAUGAUUUGCCUCCGACGCUCAGACAAUGCUUUCAGUUCUGUUCAGUAUUUCCUCAGGAUUACGAAAUGGAGAAGGAAGAACUGAUUAAGUUGUGGAUAUCACAGGGUUUUCUCAAAGCAACAACGAACCAAGAUAUGGAGAAGGUUGGUGAAGAGUACUUUCAAAUUUUGGUCACGCGCUCAUUGUUACAAGACGUGGAAAAUGAGUGGCAGUUGGGCGAGGAAAGAACAUUAUGCAAGAUGCAUGAUUUGGUUCAUGAUUUUGCUCGACUCACAACUAAGAACGAAUGCAUCAGCAUCCUGAAGCAAGAUAGCUCACUACUCUUGAUCAUCAAUGAGGUUCGUCAUUUGAUGGUAAACGACUUGAGUAGCGAGGAAAUCAACAAACUCAUUUCCUCAAUCAUUUCUUCACGCAUCUCUUCAACAAAGCGCAAUCAUUAUCUGCGUAGCUUCACAGUGAGAAAUGGAAGUGCUAUUGAACCUGAAGUAUAUGCUCAUUUGCGAGGUAUAAGAUCGUUAAUCCUCAAUUAUUGUGAUCUGGAAGAAAUCCCGUCGACAAUCAACCAACUGAUUCAUUUGAGACAUUUGGAUUUGUCCAGUAACCGACACUUGAUGGAUUUGCCGGAAGAAAUAUGCGAGUUGUAUAAUCUUGAGAGUCUGCUCCUCAAUCACAACGAGAAUUUGCGGAUGUUCCCCAGUGGAAUGGGGAAUAAGCUAGUCAACUUAAAGCAUCUUGAAAAUUACGAGGUGCCAGCGGUGCUCCCAAAAUCAAUGACCAGGUUAGGUAAUUCCCUAAAGAAAUUAACCACAUUCAAUGUAGUUUACGACCAGGAGGCUGAUACAGAGGGAGCUACUAAUAUUGGGGAUCUAGAGUGCAUGAAUCAAAUUCAAGGAUCCCUUACAAUUACAAGGUUAAGUAAAGUAACAAACUGUGAGGAGGUGGAGCGUGCAGAGCUCGCCAAAAAAGAAUCUCUGACUCGUUUAAGUCUGGAAUUCGACUCCAGUGAAUAUGGAGACAGCGACAAGGAAGAACAAGUGCUCGAAGCCAUAACACCACCAUCAAGCUUGGAAAGACUAUACAUAGGAGAGUACAGGGGAGGAAGCAUAUUCCCUAGCUGGUUACUGUCACUCUCCAACUUAACAUCCCUAGAAUUUCAUGGGUGCCAUGAAGUGGAGCAUCUGCCCCCGUUUGGCGCCCUGCCAUCCCUCGAAGAGCUUCGCCUGGGUAACAUGUUUUACGUGAACAAGGUUGGCCUUGAGUUCUUGCUGGGGACUAGUGUGAUACAGCAGCUGCGGAUGGGUAACAAUGAAGGUGAUAUUAUUGCGUUCCCUAAGCUCACGCGGCUUGGUUUUUCGCGGAUGGAGAAUUGGGAAGUGUGGGAUUUAGAGCGUGAUGAUCAGGAAGGAAUGAUCAGCUUGAAAACAGUCAUGCCCCGCCUGCGUUCUUUAGAGUUGGAAUGGUGCGAGAAGCUCGAGAAGUUGCCGGAUGUGCUACUCCGGAAAAUAACUCUGCAGGAACUGAUAAUAAACGACAGUGGCGGGUUGGGGAGUUACAGGUUCGACCCCAGGGAUCCCAAAAUGAUGCCGAAUGACGUCUGGGACAAAAUUUCUCACAUCCCCACCAUUUUGCUCGAUUACGAGGACAUCCGCAAGACAUUCGAGAGCGAGAUAGAAUCCAUGUCGAGAAUCGGCUGCUCUUACAGCAAACCGGAAGAGGAAGAAGCAGGAGAUGAUGAUGAUGACCACCAUGACGACGAAAAACGUUUGAUGUGAGCAUGAGCAACGCACUCGUUCUUCGGCCGAUCGCCUCCCCUGGGUCCAACCAUUUCGCCCAUCUCCGCCAAUAGUGCCUUGUGACCUGCACCAGGGUGCCCUUCAUUUACCAUUUUAUAGCGCAGCUUUCAGUUUGCGCUUGAAACUACCAUAACAUUUGCUUGAACAGUUUACAACAACAGUAAGAGUUUGCAAACAGAACCUCUCUCUGGAGGAGGAAGUCUGUAUGUUGUACGCUGUGUUUUGUGUCCGUGUGCUUUCUGGAGUUUUGCCAAAACUGCCUAUUUAUUUAGUGGCAUAACAAAUUCUCUUUCUUCGUCAGUAGCAUCCUGCGUGCAUGUUUUCAGAACAGGAAUCAUCAUCUUUUGAAUUUGAUAGCGGCAGCCAUUAAUGUAUUGCGUCCGAUGUAAUUGUGAAAAUACGUUAUUAAGUAUUAUCUAAUAUCUGUAUUUGUCAAAAUGUAGCAACAUAUUAGACUAAUUUGAUGGCUUUGCAGAGAUGGACUGUUACUGGUACAUUACACCUGUCCAGAAUGAUCCUCUUCUGAUAUAUAUGUUUUCAUUCAUGGCGUUCCUGCGGUUAAAUCCAUUCACGACUAAAAGCACUGGAGAAGGCUGUCACUCAUUGCAGAAUUACAGAUAGAAGGAUAGUUAUCAUAAUCUAGCCGGAACAAUACCCAAACGACGUGGCCAUAUGAGCGCGUCGUCAAGUCCCAUUCUGCCAUAGAAAUGCAACCACUUUGGACCUGAAAUGGAUUUUCCAUCAAGUUUGUGGUGCAACUCGGCAAGGCUGGCACAAUAGCGAGCCCCACUCCACUCUGCAGCCUCUCAAGUCCCCACCACAAAAUAUCCACCAAGUCCACGGGCACAAGUCUUCCUCAAUUCCAAGGAGUAAUUUGUUCUUCUUCUUCUUCUUCUUCUUCUAUCUCUUUUGUACGCCACAUGCUGCUUAUCUAUCCACCAAACAAUUCUUUAGACCUUUCCUCCCUCCCUCCUUUCCCAGCUAGCUUCCAUCUAGAUCAUCGAUUUUUCCCCUCAUAGCUGAGAUUGCUUGGUACUCUUGAUUAGCUUCCCAUCAUCAUGGCUGAAGCCAUUGUUUCCGAAGUCCUGGUCCAGCUGGGUUCAGUCCUCACGGGAGAGCUCAAUCAACAUGUGAGGCUUGUCCGAGACGCAGAGAAAGAUGUCGAGAAGCUCACUUCUACUUUCACCGCCAUUGAAAGACUGCUGCUGGAUGCAGAAGAGAGGCAGCUGAAGGACGAAGGCAUCCGAGCCUGGUUGAAGAAGCUCAAGGACGUCUCCUACGAGAUCGAUGAUGUGCUGGACGAGUGGAGAACCAAGAUCCUCAAGCGUCAACUCAAGGCAGACGGCAGAGAUCAGUUGAAGUUGUUUCGGAUCUCCGGUGUUCUAAAACGAGUAUGCUCUCUUCUUCCUACUUACUGUCGCUCUGCGGGUAAAAUUUGUCUUCGUUAUGAUAUCGCCUCGAAGAUAAAAAGUUUGAAUGAGCGUCUGGAUGAUAUAGAUAAGGAGAAAAAUAGGUACAAUUUUACUCCCAGGGAGAAGUCUUCAUACACAAGUUUGCAGACCAGUCCCAAUAUCAAUUUGUCCGAGGUGAAAGGCAGAGAAGAAGAGUUAAGAAUAUUGAAGGACAAGUUAUUGGAUGAUGAAGGUGUCAAAAGCAUAUCUAUCCAAGGUCCCGGAGGGUUUGGGAAGACCACAUUGGCCAAAAUGAUAUACAAUGAUAAGGCGGUGGAAGCUCAUUUCGACAAAAGAGCAUGGGUCUGUGUGUCCAACAAUUUUGAUCAAGCAACCGUUGCUAAAGCCAUACUCGAGUGUUUCAAUCAAUCUACUUCAGAUAGCAGUUCACUAUCGCACAUGUUGGAACGUAUAAACGCACAUACGAUGGACAAGAAGUUUCUUCUAGUUCUUGAUGAUGUUUGGGAAGAUAGUCGGAGCCAAUGGGGAGAACUAAUAACUUCUGUUUCUCACGGAUUACCUGGAAGCAAGAUUUUGGUGACUACAAGAAAGGAGGAGGUUUCCCGGGUUUUCAACUGUAUGGACGACAAUAUUUUACGUGUGCAAAAGAUGUCCGAGGAUGCAUGUCGAGCUAUUUUCACGAAAAUUGCAUUUUAUGGAUGGAAGGCGGAGGAGAGAGAACAUGUAGAAGAACUGUGUGAAAGAGCGGUAGAAAAGUGUUUGGGUUCACCCCUUGCCGCAAAAGUUUUGGGAGGGGUUCUACAUGUGAAAAAAUCUAAAAGAGACUGGAUUCAGCUUCUGAGGAGUGAAAUGUGGCAGAUAGAGAAAGGCAGAGAUGAAGUUCUUGCUCCUCUAGCUUUGAGUUACUAUGAUUUGCCUCCAGCGCUUAGACAGUGCUUUCAGUUCUGUUCUGUAUUUCCGCAAGAUUAUGAAAUGGAGAAGGACGAACUGAUUAAGUUGUGGAUGUCACAGGGUUUCCUCAAGGCAACAACGAACCAGGAUAUGGAGGAAGUUGGUGAAGAGUACUUUCAAAUGUUAGUUAUGCGAUCAUUCUUCCAAGAUUUGGUAAUGAGAUCGGGUUGGAAUAAGGAAAUUUUCUCUUGCAAAAUGCAUGAUUUGGUUCAUGAUUUUGCGCGGCUCACAACCAAGAACGAGUGCAUCAACAUCCAGAAGCAACAUCUAAAUAGUUCAUUACCCUUGAUCGACAAUGAGGUUCGUCAUUUUAUGGUAAAAGGCCUGAGUAGCGAGGAAGUUACAAAACUGAUUGCGUCCAUUGGAUGUUCGCGCCUCUCUUUAACAAGUCGUAAUAAUUAUCUACGGAGCUUCAUAGCAAGAAGUGGAGGUGGCAUCGAACCUGAUGCAUAUGCUCAUCUGCGAGGCAUAAGGUCGUUGGUACUCCAUUGGUGUGACCUGAAAGAAAUCCCAUCGACAAUCAGCCAACUAAUGCAUUUGAGACAUUUGGAUUUGUCUUUUAACAUGGAGUUGAAGGAGUUGCCGGAGGAAAUAUGCGAGUUGUAUAAUCUAGAGACUCUGCUCCUCAAUCACAACGAGAAUUUGCAGAAGCUCCCUAGUGGAAUGGGAAAUAAGCUGGUGAACUUAAAGCAUCUCGAAAAUCGAGAGGUCCCAGGGGUGCUGCCCAGAUCAAUGGUCAGGUUGGCUAAUUCCCUAAAGACAUUAACCCAAUUUAAUGUAGUGAAGCUGCAGGAUAAGGAGGUAGGUACCAAUAUUGGUGAUCUAGAGUGCAUCAACCAUAUCCAGGGAUCCCUUAGAAUAAGCGGGUUAAGUAAGGUAGCGAAUUACGAGGAGGUGAAGCGUGCACAGCUCGCCAAAAAAGAAUCUUUGACUUGUUUAGAGCUGCAAUUCCACGGAGAGGGAGACUACUAUGUCUAUGAGGAAGAACAAGUGUUGGAAGCCAUAAGUCCAUCAUCAAGCUUGGAAAGGCUUCAUGUACUAGACUACAAUGGAGGAAGCAUAUUCCCUACCUGGUUAAUGUCACUGUCCAACUUAACAUCCCUCGAAUUCAAUGGGUGCAAUCAAGUGGAGCAUCUUCCCCCUUUGGGCGUCCUGCCCUCCCUCGCAGAGCUUCGCUUGUUUGGCAUGAAGAAAGUGAACAAGGUUGGGGUUGAGUUCUUGUGGGAGACUAGUACUGUGAUACAGCAGCAGCUGCAGAAGAAGAUGGGUAACGACAACAAAGGCCGUGAUAUUAUUACUGCAUUCCCCAAGCUCACGCGACUUUCUUUUGGGGAUAUGAGUGAUUGGCAAGUGUGGGAUUUAGAGUGCGAUGAUGAGGAAGCCGGAAUGUUGAUCAGCUCGACCACAGUCAUGCCCCGCCUGCGUCAUUUGAAGCUGUUAUGGUGCGGGAAGCUGGAGAAGGUGCCGGAUGUGCUUCUCCGGAAAGCCACUCUGGAGCGGCUGGAAAUAUACAACAGUGGUGGGCUGGGGAAUUACAAGUUCAACGUUGAGGAUCCCAAAAUGGUGCCGGAUGAGGUGUGGGACACAAUCUCUCACAUCCCCACCAUUAGCCUCGAAGGAGUGGACAUCCGAACAAGAUUCAAGAGCCAGAUAGAUGCCAUGUCGGGAAUCGGCUGCUCUAACAGCAAACCGAAGGAGGAAGAUGCAGGACAUCAUGAUGAUGAUGACGACGACCAUCACGAUGAAGAAAUACGUUGCCGCUCAGAGUGAGCAGAGCAAGAGCAACGCCUUCAUUCGUUCUUCCGGCCAAUCACCUCCCCUCUAUCGGUCCAACCAAUCCGCCCAUAUAUCUCCGCUAGCAGCUGCCACCCGCACCCUGCUGCCGUUCAUUUACCAUUUUACAGCUACCAAAGUUAUCGGAUUGGCGCUUCAAACUCUGAUAACAUUUGCUUGAAUCGUUUACGACAACAAUAACAGUUUGCAAACAGGACCUCUGUCUGCUCUGUUGUGUGCGUGUGUGUUUGUUUGUGUUGUGUCGUUGUGCUGUUGGGAGAGUAUGUUACCAGAGCUGCUCAUCUAGUGGCAUAACAAACUCUCUCGUUUCUUUGUCGGUAGCAUGCUACCCUAUGUAUCGUUGUUAAGCGUCUUGUUAAUUUCUCUUUUCUAUUUGUAUUUGCCCUCUUGGCCUUAAGUUGGGGGAGAACAGAAGAAACAGAGACUUAAUUUGUGCCUGUACUAUUUGCCAAUAAAUUGAUCAAUGUUAGCCUGCGUGCAUGUUCAGAGACACAGGAACCAUCAUCUGUUGAAUUUGGUAGCGACAGCAGCCAUAAAUAUAUUUGGUUCGGUGUAUUUGUGAAACAGUGUACUUGCAGGAGCCAUGGUGUCACCCUGCAGUUGAGGAACAGGCGAUGGACCGACCGAUUUCAUCACAUUGGGCAGAGGAAGGAGGUUGAGGCAAUGAGGCUGAUUGCUAGGAGUGCCAUUGAAGAGGAAGCAUGGAUGAUAUCAAGUAGCAGCAGAGCAGGAUUCCUGGGUUUCUAGUUGUCUUAUUUUCUUGCCGCGCCUUCUGUUUAGGAAAGAAGUAGAUUUUGGGUUUUUUCCCUCUUUAUGGAGGUGUGGAUUGCAGAUGGGCUUUUGUUUUUUGGGCUCGUUCCCAAUAUUAACAUUGGCCCAAGAUUAGCAGAAAAG